AUGUCAAGAGACGGCACAAAAAACGCGAAAUCAUAUAUGAAUGAACAAGCAGCAAAGAAAGUUCCAAGCAAGCCAAAAGGACGCUCAUUUUGUUGUUCCAUGUUUGUUUAUACAUUUGUUUUUGUGUCGGGUGUUGUUGUUGCAACGAUCUUACCUGACUUAGUCGGUCAUCAUUUUAAACAACCCUAUGGCAAGGAAUAUGGUGUUAUGGUUGAACAAGUUUUUAAAGAUUUACCUAAACAUCUAAAUCGUUUAAGUGAAACAGCUGUGGUGCUUGGCCGUGAUUUAGCCAAUCGUGUUUGGGACCUUAAAGAUGAACUCGCACGACGAGUUGAAAGUUUCAGUAAUCAAAAUCCUGAUGCAGCCAAAACAAAAUCAGCUACUCAACGUCCAACAACUCGGACAACAACUCGUCCCAGUACUAAAUGA